ACAAGGAAGAGAGAUGUAGGGGUUAUUGUUGGACCUGUCAUACGAUGGACAUUGUGGUUAAAGUCAUGUCUGCACAGACGUCCAUGAGCUGUUUUUUUUCUCACCUGUACAACAGUGGAAAAGUUCUGAACAGAUUGACUUUCGUUUGAAAUUUUUGGAGUUUUACCAAAACGAAACAGCCAAGUCUCUUCGUAUCAUGCUGUUAAAAAUCGAUUUUAUUUUUCACUUGCUGAGUGCACCUGAAUUUCAGUUAAAAGAGUUGGACCAGGAACCGCUGCCUGAUGAUUGGUAUCUUGUAGAGAGUAAUGGACACAGAAGUCGUAUACCAAGAACAAUGUUAUUCAUGGGAAGAGAACAUUGUGACGUACAAGUCAAGUCGGACACAGUUGAUAAACGACAUGCUGUGUUAACAUAUGAUGUGUUCCUUUCUAAGUUCAAAAUUAAAGAUCUCAGUUCAAUAAAUAAGACAUAUGUAAAUAGUACAAGAAUCCAAGAACAAGAAUACGUGACUUUAAAUCACAUGGAUACUGUACAACUUGGUCAUGAUUCACCAAUAUAUAGAGUGGAGCAGGGUGGUCACCCGGAUAGUGCCUGUGAUACUACUCAAGGACGUGUGCCUAAUUCGAAUAAUAAAGCAGCCAUUAUCACUAAUCCUUCUGUAAGAAACUCAACCCAGGGUAUAAUUGAUGGACCAAAUUGUAUGACAGUUCAAGGUCACCCGGAUAUUGCCUUAACCUGGCCGCAAGUGAAGUUACGACGCCUCAAUGCUGGUGGGAUAAUGCCAGAAAAUAAUGGAUAUAACAUUGUCUCAUCUGACCCAACCUUUCCAGUGCCUCUCAGUAACGAUAAUUACAAUCAUGAGUUUAUGCCACUGUGUAAUCAAGUGCCUGACCCGGUACCACCUACUUACACCACUGUUGCUGACAAACCAGAAUCAAAAACUUAUGAAUAUGAUGUGUACUUAAACCAGGAUUCCACCUCGGAAAAUGGUAUUUCUCAUGUUCAUGGAAAAAUUAUUCUUGAAGAGUUGGAAACAGCCAAGAAAACCAGUGCAUUAUAUGGCCAGCCAGACUGGUGGGGAGAAAAUGAAAUAAAUAGCAAUGGCAAUACCCUGAACCCCAAGAGAGAAGAUGACCAUGAGAAUAAAGAUUCAUCAGAUCGACCUUCAAGUUUAGAGAUACAAAAAAAACAGAGAGAGAUAGAAGUCGCCAAAAUGGAGAAAUAUAAAACAGAUCCACGAUAUCAACAGACCUACAUGGAGAUACCAAUGAAUGAUUUAGUGGAUGAAAAGAAUGAAACGCCCCAACAAAGUGUUGCAUCGUCACUGUCUAAAGACAGUUUGCUUUCACCUCCAGAUACCAACGAGUUGGAUAAUAAAGAUAAAACUUUACAAAAGACAAAAGGCAAAUCGGUUGAUUCUAGCAUGGUGUUUACAAUAGACUUUGGAGAGGACACAAAACAGAAAAAGAAUAAAAAUUCGGGGAAUUUGAGUGAUUUAAUGCCCUCUAGAUUAAAGGAAAGAUUUCAGGAACGUCAGAGUGAAGUUAAUGCAAGAAAGGAAAAAAACAAGUCACCUGAUUCGGAGAUUGGGUCUAGUCAGCAUAAAAAAGUAGAAGAUGUUUGUGGAUUUACAGAGUCUAAAAAAUCCAGGAAAUCUUCCGAGCAAAUUAGUGCUUCUCGCAAAUCAGACAUUCAAAAGAAACCUUACUCACGGCGGAAAUCUGUAGGUGAGGAAUCCAGGGGUAAAAGUUCAACCCCAAAAUCUGAGGAGGAUUCUAAUAAAAGUAUGACUCGAAAGGAACUACGGAGUUCUACUCGUAAAUCUCCUCUUGAAGAGGCGCGGACAAAAGCAAGAAAAUCUUCUGUAGACGAGACAAGAACAAAGAAUACGAGAAUGUCUCCAUUAGCCGAGAGAUCAAAACGGACACAACAUAAAUCCCCUGUUGAAGAGGUUAAAGGUGAAUUAUCUGUACGAAAAUCCCCAAAACAAGAUCGACGGAGAUCCCCACAGCAAGACAGACGUAGAUCACCUCAACAAGACAGGCGGAAGUCACCUCAGCAAGAAAGAAUAAUUUGUGAUGAAAAUAGAAAUGUUGGAUCCAGACCAGUAAAGUCCACCUCUAAACAAUCGCCAGUAUUGAGAUCCGUGGAUGGCGGUAAUAUCAGUCCUUCUAAUUAUUCUGACACCACAUCAUAUCUUAUUGAUAAAAUGUUCGAAGGGACCAAAGAAACUGCAGUUGGUGUGAAAAGUGGUGAUGAUAUAUCCAUAAAUAAUGACGAAGAACCAAAGAGAAUUUCCUGUACUAGUCCAGAAGAUAAGUUAAGCGAUGCAGGAACGUAUACCAUAGAAACAGAGGAAGCUAAAGACGAAGAAGAAGCUGCUCGAAGGAGGAUUGAUGAAGUUUUUGGUGUUAUAGACCAAGAGGAAUGGAUGAAGAUGUCUGGUGUUAUAGGAGAUAAUGAAUUACAGAUCACAGAGGUCAAUGUUUCUGAUGGCACCGGUACCCAAAACAGCACGCCAACAGAUGAAUUUACUAGACAGAUGAGUCUGGAUGUUCAAGAUGGUAGCUACCCUGAAGAUCUGUGUAAUGGAAUUUAUGAAGACCAACGUCUUAUUAUUGAGGAGUACAAGAUGGCGUCAGUACAAGAUGGAGAAGUACCCAUUUGGAUGUCACAGUUAGCUAACCUGACCAAUCAAAAAUCUGCUAACAAGAUCAGUUCGGAGAGAUUGGAGCAUGAAGCCAGUCAAGAUGGUUCAGCAGUUAAAGGGAUUAGUAGAAAACGUCCCGGUACCGGUCGCCGUCUGCCAAGUGUUCCAACUAGUUAUGGUGAUACUAGUUCUGUAAGAAGCGAAUCUAGUCAUUUGUCAGGAGAAGAUACUCCUAGACUUAAUGUUAAUGAACGUUGUAAAACCGUCACAAUAUCCAGUCCUGCAGUUGUGAGGAACUCGCAUCCAAAUAUCAGCAGCAUGUCCAGAACUCACAGUGAUAGUGGUUCAGAGUCUGGCAAGGAUAAAAAAUCUUACAGUGUUUGUGACUCGUCGCGAUCAAUGGGUAGUUUGGAUACUCAAACACUUUUAAAAGACACUGAAACUGUCAUGGCUGCCAUGGAGGCACGGAUGGCUACGAAGCGUAUUAAUGGACAUAGUUUUGAGUAUGAUUCAGACACUGAUGUUUCUAGUACCGUUGCUCUGGUGAAUGGAAAUGAAAGUUACAAACGAAAUUCAUUUGACUAUAAAAGUCCUAGAAAUUGUUUAUCGGAAAAGAAAACUUCUAGCCCCCGCGAUUCUUAUCAAUCUAGUUGUACAACAUCUAGUCCAAGAGACACACCCAGUCCAACAGAACGAUCUAGUUAUAGUAAACCACCAUCAGGUCCUAGUGCUAAAAAACCACCACUUCGCACCAAAUCAUUGACAAGCACACCACGAUCUAAAAGUUUGAUGCAAAGACACAGUCUUGGUGACUUUGGCGAUUCAGAGAGCGUCAGAACGGAUUCGGACACAGAGAGUUUGAAGAGCCAAAACAAGGCACCUAUGAGUCAUACAAGACCAAAUCGAUCUUUUCUACUACGUAGAAGUAGAGCGAUGGGUUCUGAAACUACAACUACACCCAGUGACACCACUCGCUCUUCAUCAUCUAGUAUUACAACCUCCUCAGCCCGCUCUGCAACCACUAGUAAAUCAACCUCUCGUCCUAAUACCAGCAGAACUGAUGCCAGUCUUGGAGCUCACAUUGUGAAAAAGAGUCAAGCGAAUGCAAAAGCUUCACAAUCAAUCCAAAGGGAUACUAAUUCCCGUAAAAGUCUGAAUGUGAAAUCAUCGACGAAUUCAUCUAAAACAGAUCUGACAAGAAGUGAUGGUGGACGCCAUAGUCUGAGAUUGACGAGAACUGCUUCAGGACCAGCACCAGUUGAAAAUAGCAAACGCCGGGCGGAUCUUAAAACAUUGAAAUCCCAGCUAAAGAAGACAGACCUGUCAGUGAAAGGAAGUAAAGCUGGUAGCCAGUCUCAACCGGCCAGUCGGACGAAUUCGCCUAAAACCGCUGCAUGGAAAAGGCGGAAGGAUUACGACCCAAGGAAGGCAGUAGCAGACGCCAAGGCUAAAUCUAAAGCUGCAAAAACUAAGACAAAUGACGAGCAUAACACAACCUCUCUCAGUAGAAUGACACGCUCCUCAUCAUUUACAACUGCCGCAGAACUAUCUGGUCGUGUGAGGAAGGGAACAUAUAGAUCUGAAUCCACAUCAAGUGUAGAAGAUGUGAGUGCAAUAGCCAAUGAGGCCAUAGACAAUUUUAAUGAGGAUGCUGUACGCUGUGCUUUCAUUCCUAUUGGUAAUACUCUUCGUAGUGAUCGGAUGUCUCAUAGUGCCGAUGAAGAGGAGUUUUCCUCCCAUUCAGCACAGGAAUUGAGUCGAAGUAUGACUUUAGCCGAUAAUGUUCGUAAAUCGGCCUUCACCACACCUUCCCCUAAACAGAUGUCAGCUUCUCCCUUACAGAGAUCUCCAUCCCUUCCACGCAGUCGCAGAAGUACGUUUGGGGCUAUUGAAUACAAUGAUCAAAGUAGCCAACAAAAUGGCUUACACCGUGCAGAGUCUUAUAAUCCAUUACUGGUCACAUCAAUAUAUCAACUUUCACUUAAAAUGAAAACCGAUAUGGAUAGAAUCCUUCACAAAUUACAAGAUGACAAUAGAUUGACAUCUACACCCUCUCCUAUUGAUGAUUUCCUUGAUCAACCUGGUAAAAGUGAAUUUCCAGCAUGGAAGUCAGCUAAUCAAGAAUUGGCAGGAAUUUUGAAAAACCUACGACGCAUUGAACACCAAAAUCAUGCUGUGAAAGCUGUUCUAUUCCCUGAUGAAAAUAAUGUAGCAGAUAUUUCUGGUGUGUCGCAUCGAGAGAAACAAAAGUAUUUUCAACAGAUCAACCGACUUAGUCGAGAAAUUACUGAGUUUCAACCGAUUGACAACCCAAAUGAUAAUUGUUUUGACGAGGACACAGAAUCUCCCGAUAUGGCCGAAUGUGGAGAAGUAGAAGAAGAAGAAUUUUAUUAAAUGUUUAAACAACUAUUAAUAUAAACCGGUUAAUGUAUUCACGUCUAUGUAUUUCAUGUCUUCAGUUUAAAAUGGCUUCAAUUUACCUCAGGUAAAUGGCUUCUCAUCUUCAUUUCAUGCUUGUUUGUUUAAAACAUUUAUAAUGUCGUUUUGAGUAUGGGAUAAGAAUAUAUUGAAUGGUGAACAAGAUUGAUCAAAUUUAUUUCUGUAAAUGUUAUGUCUUGCAUAAUUUAAUAGUAAUUGAUAUCAAUACCACUUCAUCAUCUGAAAAAAUCGAGCAUAUCUUUCAUUUUGUGUAGGGUUAAAGGUCAAGUGUAUCAUAAUGAUUAUUAUAUGUUGGGAACUUUAUUCAAUCUGCCCCAAUGUCUGCAAACAUAGCAGCUUUUUCUUCACUGCUUUUAAAGCUAUUUAUUGUUGUAAUUUAUGAAAAUAUUUUUACAUAUUCCGAUAUUAGAUAUUUCUGUAAACCUGUUAAGUCUGCAAAUAUUGAUAUUAAAAGUAGGUAUAUAUAUACUACCCAGUUUUUAAUGACUAUUACACCCACAGGAUUCUGUGAUAUAUGUUUUUGUUAAUGAUUUUUGUCAUUUGUGUAUCUUUAAAAGGGUGGCAAGGCAGUAGGAGAGCCGUUUUCCUGCGGCAAUAAAUACAGGUCUUGAAUAUAAUAUUUCCACCAUAUUGCCAAAAUAAUGUGAACCUUAAUCUUGAUUUAGGCAAUAUGAUCCUCAAUCCUCAUGAUAAUGGUGAAAUUAAUUUUUGUGAGUACCCAUUUCUUUGGAGAAAACAGAUUGUGGCACUGCGCAAGUGCAGUUAUUGAGUUUAAGUCUGGUUUUCCCGUUCUAUUGAUCCCACAAAAAAUAAGUAAUUUUAAAAGCUCCCAUUGUCACAGUUUGUUAUUUAAAAGAUAAUGUCUUGUCGCCCUUUAAUUGAAAGUACAAUGUGUAUAGAUGACAAAGAAACCUAUUUUAAAAAGAAAGGAACUCAAGUCAGAUUGUGCAAUUGAUAGUAAUUUGUCAGUGUAUUUAUACUAUAUUUAAGUUACUUGUAUAUGAGAGAAAAGAAAUUCCCCAUGUCUUUCUGUGAUAGUUUUAUAUUAUUAUAAUUAUUAUUAUUGAUAUUAUUAUUAUUAGGAUUCUUUUAAAAGAUUUGUUAUUUAGGUCGGCCAGGAAUGAGAAAUAUGAGGCAUUUUUACGAGCUAAUGAUUAUGGUUAAUCAAUUUGCAAAUCCCAUUCAAUCACGUUUACGGCAAAAAUUAUACUGAUUGGUUUAACAUAACUGUCGAUGAUUUUACCACGAUGAUUUACAAAUUAAUUGUGCAAAUCUUCCAACUUGAUCACCAGCGGGAUUGAUGAUUAGUUCAUUUUCUUUGAAUUUCACGUAAAAAUCCCCCUUUUCAUGUAAUUUCUAAUACGAAUAUGGGGCGUUAGGGAACAGAUAACUGGUACAACUUCUCUUUUUUUGAGGAGGGCUGUGUUUUCAAGAACAGAAUCUAGAAAAAUGAAUUUUUUUACAUUUUUUCUCAAUUUUUCAGUCUUCAGCCAUCUUGUGAGGCAACUCGUCGCGUUUGCAAGAACCGAUUCGAAUACCAACUUGAUACCUAAUCAUGUACAAAACGAGAAAAAGCAAACGAAACCAAUUUGUUUUCUCGUAAAAACGCCUCUGAUUAAAGGGAAAUAUCUAAUCCUUAUCAAUUUGUAAUAUUUAUUAUAAGGUGGACAGCCUCAUUCUAUGUUUUAUAUUCUGUACAAGAUCACUUGUACGGUGAAUCAUUUCCCAUUAAACACUAUCCUGGUGUCCAUUGGAAAUUUUAAAUAUACUGGUAUCGGUGAAGUUGAUUUAAAAAUUACAAAAACAAUAGGCUAAACUUAUAAAUGGUUGUGUUUUGCCCUUGUAUAGAAAAAAUUUUGGUUUUGAUCCCUUACCAACAAUCCGCAGAUUGUGUACAGAAGAUAAAGCAUUUAGAAUGGGAGGUUCCUGCUGAUAUCUUGUAUAAAUACUUAAAUUCAUGUACUGAUUAUGGAUAAGGGGAGAUAACUCCUUCAUAAGGUAAUAUUUUCCAUUACAUUCUUAAUUGAAUUAUUAUGUGGGGUAAUCACAAGUAUGCAAAUGUAUAUUUAUUUAUGUACAAGAAGUGGAUUUAUUAUAAAUCUUUAAACUGUGACAUUAAAUAAGUAACCAGUUUUAUUGUUAAUGAAUGCAUUAGAUAUUAGAUUCAGUAUGCAUAGAUAUUAAAUAAUCUGCUAGUUAAAAACAGUGGUCUUCAUUUCUCAACAAUAUAAUCGCUACUCCUUACCAGUUUUGGCUGUUAAAGCUUCUCCGGAUUUUCCAGCCUGGUUUGUCCUUUGUCUGAGAUGAAAAACCAAGGUCCUUUGAAUAUCAUUGGCAGCACGUUAAAGAUCCCUGGCAGUCUUUAGUAGAAAUAAUAGUUGACCGUAUUGCUGCUGUUAUGGUACAUUUCCUCUCUCAUAGUACAAUACAAGACGUGCCCGUCGACAUUGGCCAGGUUGGUGCAGAAAAGUGAGACUUAAAACCUCAUUUCAUUUUAUCACAAACCAAUAUGAUCAUGCUUGAUGUACCAACCACUAAAUUGUCAGAUUAAAUUUUCAUAAGACCCAAGUGUUUAAUGUAUAAUAUAUGCCCAUGUAUGUCGCAAGUAAUCCAUUCCAUGGCCUGGCUCAAGUACUGUUUAAUAAUGUAUACGUAUGUAUGUAUGUAUUAGAUGUAUAUAAUUGUUUUGUUUAGCUUCAUGUCUGUUGUAUAAUUACAGUUUAUAGUCCGCUUUUAAAAAAACAUUCAUUCAUAAAGUGUUGUUAAAAUUUAAUUCAGUGAUACAAUUGCAACAAAAGAUUCAUUAAAUUAUGAAAUAAAACCAUAA